AUGAGUCCGUCCUUCGGCAACACCCUGGGUGGCCACUGGGAUGGGAGUUUUGCUCUGCUGGUGUCCUCCCUCCCUAUUAAUAAAACAGCUGCAAGAGUUCAUGAUUACAUGGGAAUGCUGGUACGAAAGGGAAAAUUUACUUUCACAGAGAAGCUUUCUUACGCUGCUCUGAUGACCCUAGCAGCUGCAGUCCUGCGGAGGGAUCCCCUGGGCAGCCUACCCCCUGGAGAAGUAACGGUCCCUGCUUUUGGGUUUGAGGGGGGCCCAGAGAAGAUUGUCCCCGACGCAGUGAGUCAUGUGGGACAGGAAUACACAGACCUUUCCGGUGUACCAGUGGCCAUGUGGGAAGUGCCCCAGUCCCAAGUAUGUGGCCGGCACUGGGUGAGGCAUGAGGGUUAA